UAAAAGGGCGGUAAAAUUUGGUUUGAUGUAUUAUGUCAUAUGGUCGCUGUGAUAUGAUUCUCUACGAAGGAAGAUGUGUGAUCCUGGAGGUGUUCUUUCGAUACUGUGCGCUCAUUUGAGUUUGUUGUUGAAUAUUCCUAUAAAACCUGAACAUUUCAAAUCAGCAAAGUUCAAUGAGAAUAAGGAUAAUAAUGUGCGUGAACUAUGGAACGUUUUGCACAGUUUGUGUCUUGGCUUAGAAUUGAAGCUUCCUGCAGUUGGAGAUGAUAUUCAAUUUGUGAAGAUGAGUCUUCUUGUCCUGGGAUAUGAAAAUUUUGAAUUUUAUAGCCUCCCUUCAGAUAUGUCAUCUGGAAGCAGAGAGCUAUUAAUUGCAUUUUCGUGGCUUAUAGCAAAAACAAAUGUACUCGAAAGCAUUGUGCAACAGAAGGUCUUGGAGUCUCCACUGGUAUCUGAAUACGGUAACAAACAACAUGUACAGUUUGAGACAAGUGUGACCAGCAAUCAGAAAGCAGAUGUAAAAAAUGAUAAUGACUGUAUGCAUUAUAUCUUGUUGAUGGCUGGUAAAAUUAGUCAUAAUUUGAAGAUAAUUACUGAGACAAGUAAAGAAAUUAUUAAUUUGGUUUCCAAGGUACAUCAGAGCACUGCUACCGUCACUGGCCUUCCUCAUCUGUCAGUUGUUCAAACAAGGCUAUUAAAGGAUCCUGAAAAAUAUGCUAGUGAGUUGCAAGAAAUCAAAAGAUUGGCUUUAGUGAUUGAAACAUGGAAACAAUGGCUUAAAAGGUCCACAUUGUUUUGGGAAUGGAUGGCUGGUGUGCUAAUUGAAAGGAAGAAUACGUCAAGGGGCUGCUUACAGUUGUACAGUAAGGAGGACUUCACAGAGUUCAUAAAUUCGGUUAGGAUGAUGUUGAGAUCGUAUUUCUUGUUGCGAGGUCUAAUUGAACAUAAUGACCAAAAGAACGAGACUACUACUACUCAUUCAGCAGAAGAGCAGAAACCAGAGCUAUUACGGGAUGAACUGAGAAAAGUAGAAACAUUUCAGUUGCCAAGAUUAAUUCUUCAGAGCAAAGAUGAUACUACAGUAUUGGAAAAAUAUAUUACUGAGACAGACAUGUUAGUUAAAGAAAUGGAAGUAAAGUGUAAUCUAAUGAGAGAAGAAAUAUUGUCACAACUGAAAAUGAGUAUGAAAGGUGCAAAAUACAUCUGUCUCUUUAACAGAUGACGUUUCAAAAUAUUCACGUGUAUUUUAUGUAGAAGUGUACAGGAACAAUUUUUUUGACGAUU